AUGGAGGGCAACUCCACCGCUGGACCCUUCGGCCCCUCGCAGCAGUUCAGCGUUGCUGACCUCGUUGUCAUAACGGCUUAUUUCUCCUUAAACGUUGCAGUGGGAAUAUGGUCUUCAUGCAGGGUGAACAGGAACACCAUCAGUGGCUAUUUCCUUGCUGGCAGAGACAUGGCAUGGUGGCCAAUCGGUGCCUCCCUCUUUGCCAGCAGCGAGGGCUCGGGGCUCUUCAUCGGCCUGGCUGGGACCGGCGCUGCCGGGGGAAUCGCUGUCACCGGCUUCGAGUGGAAUGCAACUUACGCUCUUCUGGCACUUGCCUGGGUGUUCGUCCCGGUCUACAUCUCAUCUGGGAUUGUCACCAUGCCCGAGUACCUCCAGCGAAGGUUUGGAGGGCAGCGGAUCCGGAUGUACCUCUCUGGUCUGUCGCUCCUGCUCUCCAUCUUCACCAAGAUCUCUACUGACCUGUACUCGGGGGCCCUCUUUGUGCAAGUCUGCCUGGGCUGGGACCUUUACCUCUCCACCGUCCUGAUGCUGGUGGUCACGGGGCUCUACACCAUUGCAGGAGGGCUGGCGGCCGUCAUCUACACCGACACGCUGCAGACGCUCAUCAUGGUCCUCGGAGCCAUCGUGCUGGCGGUGAAAGCUUUCAAUGAGAUCGGAGGUUACUCCAACCUGGAAGAGGCCUAUUUAAAAGCUGUGCCAUCCAAGAUUGUUCCCAACACUACCUGCCACCUGCCCAGAGGCGAUGCAAUGCAUCUCUUCCGAGAUCCAGUCUCUGGAGACCUGCCCUGGACCGGGAUGACUUUUGGGCUGUCUAUCAUGGCCACGUGGUACUGGUGCACUGACCAGGUCAUUGUCCAGCGGUCGCUCUCUGCCAAGAGCCUGAGUCACGCCAAGGCUGGCUCCAUCUUGGCCAGCUACCUGAAGAUGCUGCCCUUGUUCAUUAUCAUCAUGCCAGGGAUGAUCAGCAGGGUCCUGUACCCAGACACCGUGGCCUGUGUGGACCCCGAGGAGUGCACCCGCAUCUGCGGGGCUGCCGUGGGCUGCUCCAACAUCGCCUACCCCAAGCUGGUGGUCGAGCUGAUGCCCAGCGGGCUGCGUGGUCUGAUGAUUGCAGUGAUGAUGGCUGCCCUCAUGUCCUCCCUGACCUCCAUAUUCAACAGCAGCAGCACCCUAUUCACCAUGGACAUCUGGAGGAAGCUGAGGCCGGGGGCUGGCGAGCGGGAGCUGCUCUUGGUGGGCAGGUAG